GUCCUCUCCUUGACGACCAGCCUGCAUCAGAGUGUCAUCCACUCUGUUUAUUUUUAGAAGCUCUCGGCCGCUGCGUGCUACUCUCGUUCAACACACACCCCAUGCUCCUCCGGUCAAUAAUUCAUAUGCCGUAGGCCUGCAGCGAAGAGUCACAGAGCAGGCUGCCACAACUCCGAGCCACAGGACGCCAAAAAAAGCGCACAGGGUGCACCGCCCGAAGAGCGAUGCACCCCAAAACUAAAAGGCAGCAAGACGGCAACCUGCAAGCCCCAUCUACGAGGAAGCAGCCCGGCCCACCGAGAGCCAAGACACGGGCGACCAUGACCACGGAGUAUCAGGACAAGUUCCAUAACCCAAGCUGCCACACCACUGUCGUCUUAACGUCAACACUGAAAAACCCUUACCACUCGUUGAAGGGGACGAGUGCCGAUGUGGCCACUUUUAAGUCAUACUAUGUGACCCACAAAUGGACAAAGCAUCCACCAAAAGCCCCACAGCCAUCUAUGCCGCCCAAAAUCCACCAGAGAUGCAGCAGUGCCCCGCACAAUCCCCUACAAAAUCCUCGACACUUAGUGACAAACCAGAUGGAAUCCACAGUGGAGGACUACACAUCAGUGUACAAAAAUGAUUUCCGAGCAUGGAAAACAACCCAGCGCCAGCCCUUUAAGUUACCUGACAGCUUGACAGUCAACCAAGGAUUAGUUGCUACAAAAGCUUCCAAAGAUGCAGCGGACUCUAAGCCAGUCCCCCAAGAACCACAACCUUUUGAAAGCAUCACCAGCUACAGAUCAGAUUAUAUCACCCACGCAAUGCAGCCCAGGACUCGCACACAGAAGCCGGUGCAGGAACCUAACAGAGGUCUGCCAAUGGAGCCAGUGUCCUCAAAGCCAAUGAAGCCAGUGUCCUCAAAGCCAAAGGGACCUUGGGACAUACACCAACAGAUUUUUGAUGAAGCCAGUGACUUCUUUCAGCAAUUCAAGAACUGGUCCCUUGAAACCAAGUUCCAUGGUCAAGGUAAAGCCAAAGGACCCAGCCCACCAGCAGAACACAACAACUUCCUCUCCACAACACACACAGACUACACGGCUAAGCAGUGCCAGCGUACCAAACCAAUUCUGCCAUCUAUGCAAAGCAGCGAGAAAAGCAAGGAGCCCUUUCAGGCAACGACUACCAUGAAGGAGGACUACAAAGCUUGGGACACACCGCGACGCUUCCCCACCGCCCAAGAAAAUAUGGACAGGCCCAAGAGAACAACCUUUUCAAUCAUUACACCUAAGCCUGCUGAGAGCAAAACAAACCCAAAGCCUUUCAGCCAUUCUCCCAAAUUGAACGAGAGUGCAGGCUGUGAUUCCAGCUGUCAUGUCACCCACAACCCUCCAUGCCCCGCUGAGAAUGGAGCAUUUUCUGGCUUUGAAUGCAUCUCCAACGGCACUGAAGAAUCCAGGAGGUACUGGUCCACCUCUCUGGAUAAAGGAGUGACUUGGCCCGAUGGUAACAUUUGUGAGGCCCCAUCCGAGGAACACCAAAUCACCAAAUGCAUGGUCAGCAGAAGCUAAGUGCUUCCUAGAGACCAGGCUGAUGAUAAGAUGUGGUGCUGCCACACAUUGCUUCAGGUACUUUCUACCUUUACAUCAAUAAAAGCCAUAAA